AUGGGUCGCAAGACCAAGAAAUCUAAGGCAGACAAACCCAGCAUGAGCAAAAAUAUAGGGGACCUCUGGCGUCAGGCCCAAAGGGCAGAGGAAGUCAAAAUGGCCGCUUAUGCGGACUUCGCCUCCGACAUAUCGGAAGAAUUAUUGGACGAGGCAGUGGAGGAACAAGUGCUACCACUACAGGCCCCCAAACCGCCACCUGCACCACCAGACACGGCCCCAGUCACAACGGCGAUCCUGAAAGAUCUGCUUGCAGGCCUACAACACACGCUACAGGCCGAUGUGGCCCAAAUCCGGCAAGACCUGAGAGGCCUGACAGGCCGUAUGGCCACAUUGGAACAAAAUACCAGCCUAAAUGCGAAACACAUAGCACAGCUGCAACAAACAGUGGGUGAGCUGACCCAACAAGAGGUGAAAAUGGAGCAGAGACUCUCGGCGGCUGAGGAUCAUAGGAGAAGCCUAAACCUUAAAGUCCGGGGGAUCACCGAAAAUACUGCAGGAGCAGAGCUACCCAUCCUGGCACGCAGACUGCUCCACGCGCUUCUACCACCCAAACAAGCGAAAGCGGUGGAGAUCAAAGGGUUGUUCCGCAUACCCAAACCGGUUAAGGCCCAGGCGGGUGCACCACGAGACCUGAUCAUCCUGUUCCAGAGGAGCAAAGAUAAAAUCGAAGUCCUCAACGCAGUGCGCAACCACUCUUCAUACUCCUUCGAGAGCAUGGCGCUGUCCUUCUUCACAGAUCUAUUGAGGAACACACUUACAUAG